UGCUAAGAGUAUCAUCGGAUAAUAUAAUAUAACUCGGUUGGUCAUCUGGGUUGGCUUCGCUAUCGUACACGGACAAAACUCUUGGAUGGGGUCUUCUUGUUGUUCUUGGAGGUAAAAAUCCCAAUGAUGCCCCCAGUAAUAUUCAUUUCCCACACCUUGAAUGGCCUACCAGUUCUACCACAUCUUUGGGCAUUGUCCCUUGUUUGCCUUACCAAAGAUGAAUUUCGCAUGCAUGUCUACAAUCAGAUUGCCAGCUGGCUUGCACCCGCGUCAGGCAGGCACCAUCACAACACUUCGUUACCCUUAUAUCUUAGUUUACUGCAUUUUUCCUUUAAAGUCCGUCGGUCCAUUUCAUGUCCUCAACUCACUCCCUUCCCUAGGGGCAUCAAUUCAUUCACCCUUUCCUCAGCUACCGUACCUAGCAACACAAACAUGACCACCUCUACCUCUACCUCCAACAAAAACAACACCUUCCACCUCUUCCCCUACCUCCCCUGGGAGCUCCGCGCCCGCAUCUGGGAACUAACCAUCUCGCCACGCACCGUCUCCCUCAACAUCAGACACCGCCUCCUUCAAAGGGACUACGACGAUAAAAAAAACUGGGUCCUGCCGAAACUACUAUUCACAUCCACUCCCAUCCCAGCAGCGCUCCAUGCCUGUCAAGAAGCCCGCAAUCACCUAACCCACCCCUUAACCGCAUGCGGCGGCGCAAACGGAUACGGAUACGGAUACUACGAGAAGAUGUCCUCAUCCGACCUCAUGAACGCGCAGCAGCAGCAGCAGCCGUGGUCGUGGGAAGAAGAAGAGAGAAUCCCUUCAAUUUCCCCCUACAUCUGGGUGAACUUUGAGGUCGACAUGAUUGACAUAGGCGUUAAACGUUUUGGUUUUUCUGGACGGCACUCAAAAAACUACGCUUCCAAGAUUAGACGGGUCAGAUUUAAGCCUAUGGCGGCUUGUCUGGCCUUUGAAGUCCUGACGCCGGGUGGUGUGUAUAGCUUUCCGAAUGUGAAGGAAGCCGAGAUAGACUGCCCUGCUGGUACCUCUAUAGCCGGAUGGGCCGAUCAUCUGCCGUGGAAUAUGGUGGGAGAUUUGGUUUGCGGGGUGAAGGAUGUGGUGUUUAGAGAUCCCCUGGGGAAGAUGAUGACGCUUGCGGAGAUUAUUGGGGAGUUUCCGGAGGGCCGCCCGCCCGGGUAUGCUCCUUCUAAUAACUGAUCAGUUGACUACGCUGUCGCGUAUGAAUACAAGUUAUCCCUAUGUGUGUUUGUUGCUCCGUCCAGGAAUCUUACGAACCAUCCUCGAUGCGCAUGUAUGCCUAUCGCAGGACCGGCUGACGCUCAUCCUCAAGUCAAAGAUUCCAACACCUUGGACGAUCUACCAGUUCUACCACUUGGGUAUCUCUCAAAAACUCCAUCCGAGGCGCACCUAACCCUGUUUUAGCCUACCGACCCUUGGUGUGUAAACCC